AUGGAAAAACGUGGCCAAUUUGUCGGGUAUUCAGAUGAAUUUGUAAAGCUUCAAGUGGGGCACCUCGAGGUGACGUGGUUUUAUUUUCCGACGGCCAGCAGCAAGAACAUCCCGUACGAGAAGAUCAAGGGCAUAUACUAUGAGCAACAGAACCUGAAAAGGCAGCUGUGCAAGGUGAAGGGCUGGGGGAUGUCCUGUACGCCUUGCUGGUGGGCUUGUGACGUGAUGAGAAAUUGGCACCCAAAAGACGCGGCCCCGUUUUACAACGUGGUCGUCGACUGCGGCGAGACGACGUACAAGGGCUUCUCCUGCCAAAACAUUGGCGGCUUCCUGACGUCGAUCCAGCCGCGUCUGCCAAGUGGAUGCGCCGUCCGUGGCGAGCUGCCGUUC